AUGGCUCCCCCCGCGCCUCAGGCGCUGCCUCUUUUCCUCCUCCUCCUCCUCCUCCAUUCCCUCCACCUCACCGCCUCCUCCAAGCUCAACAUUCCCAAGGUGCUGCUACCCUACACCCGCGGUACCCGCGUCAACUUCACGCUGGAGGCCAGCGAGGGUUGCUACCGAUGGUCCUCCACCAGACCAGAGGUUGCAAGCAUUGAGCUAGCAGAUCAGGAUGAGCGCCAGUGUUCACAGAAAGCUGUUGUCCAGGCACGGUCCUCACAACCCACACGCCUGACAAGUAUCAUCUUUGCUGAAGAUAUAAUGACCGGACAAGUGCUUCGUUGUGAUGCUAUAGUUGAUAUAAUUCACGGCAUCCAAAUUGUGUCCACAACAAGAGAACUCUAUCUUGAAGAUUCACCACUGGAGCUAAAAAUUCAGGCUUUGGAUUCUGAAGGAAACACUUUCAGCACAUUGGCAGGGUUAGUCUUUGACUGGACAAUAGUGAAGGACACAGAGGCUGAUGGCUUCUCAGAUUCCCACAAUGCGUUACGUAUACUCAAGUUCUUAGAAUCCACUUAUAUUCCACCUUCCUAUAUAUCAGAGAUGGAAAAAGUUGCCAAGCAAGGAGAUACCAUUCUGGUGUCUGGAAUGAAAACAGGGAGUUCUAAAUUAAAAGCAAGAAUACAGGAAAGCGUCUAUAAGCAUGUACAUCCUGCAGAAGUCAGAUUGCUUAUAUUGGAAAACAUCCUUUUAAAUCCAGCAUAUGACAUUUAUCUUCUGGUAGGAACGUCAAUUCAGUACAAAGUUCAGAAAAUAAGGCAAGGGAAGAUUACAGAAUUAAUGAUGCCGUCUGAUCAGUAUGAACUGCAGCUGCAGAACAACGUACUGGGUCCUGAGGGAGAUCCGUCUUGGCCGGUUGCCAGGUUGGACCAGACAACAUCGGUUGUAACUGCAUUGCAGCAGGGACAAACUAACCUCAUACUUGGGCACAAGAGUAUUCGCAUGCAAGGGGUUUCCAGACUACCAAACAGCACUAUCUAUGUUGUAAAUCCUGGGUAUUUAGGAUUUACAGUUCAUCCAGGUGACAGAUGGGUCCUAGAAACAGGCAGACUUUAUGAAAUUACAAUUGAAGUGUAUGAUAAAUCAAGCAAUAAGGUGUACUUGUCUGAUAAUAUCAGAAUUAAUACAAAGCUGUCCAAAGAAUAUUUUGAGGUGCUGAAGUCAUCUCUGAAUGGAUCAUAUCAUUAUGUGAAAGCAAUAAAGAAGGGUCAGACCAUUAUUGAUGCUGCACUGACAUCAGUAGUAGAUCAGGAUGGAGGUGUUCAUACAUUACCAGUUCCAGUGCAAAACCAGCAAGAUGUUGAAAUAUAUGUUCCCAUAGUUCUUUCACCCAGCAUUUUGACGUUUCCUUGGCAGCCAAAAGCAGGAGUCUACCAGUACACCAUACAGGCUCAUGGUGGAAGUGGAAAUUUCAGUUGGUCCUAUUCUAACCAGGCAGUUGCUACAGUGACAGUCAAAGGAGUAAUGACAACUGGAAGUGAUAUUGGCAUCAGUGUAAUUCAGGCAAUUGAUGUUCAGAAUCCAUUGCAUUAUGGAGAAAUGAAGGUGUACGUAACUGAACCUAGUGGGAUGGAGUUCACACCAUGUCAAGUUGAAGCACGUGUUGGCCAAAUAUUGGAGCUGCCCCUGAGGAUUAAUGGCCUAACAAAUGUUGAAACAGGCGAGACGGUGCCACUGAGUGACUGCUCACACUUUGAUCUAGUUGUAGAAGUAGAAAACCGUGGUGUGUUCAAGCCACUUCAAGGAAGGCUUAAGCCAACUGCCGAUUUUUGUAGUGGAGUCAGAGUGAAAGCUGAAACUCAAGGAUACACAGCACUUGUUGUCAGUUACACCCAUGGUCAUGUCCACCUCAGUGCUAGCAUCACCAUUGCUGCUUAUCUACCAUUAAAAACUAUUGAUCCUCCAUCUGUUGCUUUAGUGACUUUGGGUUCCUCUAAAGAUAUGUUAUUUGAAGGAGGACCUAGACCAUGGGUACAAGAACCUUCAAAGUUCUUCAGGAACAUCACCGCUGAGGAUGCAGAAAGUGUUGGUCUGUCUUUAUUUGGACCUCCUACAUCACGAAAUAACAUCCAGCAUUGGGUUAGAGUAUCUUGCAAAAGCCUGGGAGAGCAAGUUAUUGCCUUAGCAGUUGGAAACAACCCCACAAUCACCAACCCUUUUCCAGCGGUUGAGCCUGCUAUUGUGAAGUUCAUCUGUGCUGUCCCUUCACGACUCACUUUGACUCCUGUUUAUGGAAGUCCUCAGCUUGAUCUCUCCUGCCCUUUGCUGCAACAAAACAAGCAAGUGGUUCCUGUUUCAAAUUACCGCAAUCCAGUAUUGGAUUUGGCUGCAUAUGACCAACAGGGCAGCAAAUUUGAUAACUUCAGUUCUCUUAGUGUUAUCUGGGAAUCAACAAAAAUGUCCUUAGCUAAUAUUGAGCCUGAUAUGCCAAUGGAGCUGACUUUGAAAGAAGAUGGAAGCGGUCAAAAGAAAAUGCAUGGCUUGCAAACUGUUCUAGUUCAUCAUGAGUCUGGAACAACUGCCAUCUCUGCAACUGCAACAGGAUACCAGCAAUCCCAUCUCAAGGCAGCUAAAGUAAAAAUACCGUAUGAACCUCUUCUACCAGUGUCUGCCACUAUUGAACUGAUACUAGUGGAAGAUGUAAAAGUGAGCCCUACCGAUGUCUCUAUUUACAAUCACCCUGACAUACAGGCAGAACUGUUCAUCAAAGAAGGUUCUGGAUAUUUUUUCAUUAAUACCAGUGUUGCAAACGUUGUAAGAGUUGCUCAUGAGGAAUCUCAAGGUAUUGCUUUGGUGCAUCCUCUGCUUCCAGGAUCAGUGACUGUAAUGAUUCAUGACUUGUGUUUGGCUUUCCCUGCACCAGCUAAAGCUGAAAUUUAUGUAUCUGAUAUACAGGAACUGUAUGUCCGAGUUGUUGACAAGGUGGAGAUUGGAAAAACAGUUAAAGCUUAUGUCAGAGUUCUGGAUGACUCUAAGAAACCUUUUCUGGCGAAAUACUUUGCUGUCAUGGAUCUAAAACUAAGGGCAGCAUCUCAGAUUGUUUCACUUGUCCCGCUCAGUGAAGCUCUUGAUGACCAUACUGCUGCUUUUCUAGUGCAUGGGAUGGCCAUUGGUCAGACUAGUCUUAUGGCAACUGUUGCUGACAAAAGAGGACAAAGAAUCAACUCUGCUCCACAACAGAUUGAAGUCUUUCCCCCAUUUAGACUACUGCCAAGGAAAGUGACCCUAAUUAUUGGGGCUAUGAUUCAGAUCACUUCAGAAGGAGGCCCUCAACCUCAAUCCAACAUAAUUUUCUCCAUCAGCGAUGAGAAGAUUGCAUCAGUGAACAGCACCGGACUUGUCAGAGGAGUGGCAAUCGGGAAUGGAACAGUAACAGGAGUGGUGCAAGCUGUUGAUGCAGAGACAGGGAAGCUUGUCGUGGUGUCUCAGGACAAAGUGGACGUUGAAGUAGUACAGCUGACAGCUGUUAGAAUUCGUGCACCAAUUACACGAAUGAAAACUGGUACACAGAUGCCGGUUUAUGUAAUGGGCAUCACCAGUAGUCAGACUCCUUUUUCAUUUGGCAAUGCAGUACCGGGGUUAACUUUCCACUGGUCUGUCACGAAGAGGGAUACUCUGGAUAUCAAGACAAGACACAGUGAGGCUUCUUUUCAGCUUCCUGCAAGAUAUAACUUUGCAAUGGAUGUUUAUGGCAGAGUAAAGGGAAGAACAGGCCUGAAAGUUGUUGUGAAGGUCCUUGAUCCUGCAGCCAACCAGUUUUACAACAUGGCAAGAGAACUGUCAGAUGAAAUCCAAAUUCAGGUGUUUGAAAAACUUCACCUAGUCACUCCAGAAGUAGAAGCGGAGCAGAUCUUAAUGUCACCAAAUUCCUUUAUUAAACUUCAGACAAACAGGGACCGAGUGGCUUCACUGAGUUACCGUGUCCUGGAUGGACCAGAUAAAGUUCCUGUUGUAAAAAUCGAUGAGAGAGGUUUCCUUAACUCUGGGUCUUUGAUAGGAUCAUCAACAAUUGAAGUGAUUUCACAAGAGUCAUUUGGGAUCAACCAAACCAUUGUAGCUGCUGUUAAGGUCUACCCCAUCUCAUACCUAAGAAUCUCGAUGAGUCCUAUUCUGCACACACAAAACAAAGAGGCAUUAUUGGCUCUCCCACUGGGUGUGACACUGACAUUUACAGUCCACUUUCACGAUAACUCUGGAGAUACUUUUCAUUCGCAUAAUUCUGUGCUGAACUUUGCAACAAACAGAGAUGACUUUGUACAGAUUGGGAAAGGAGCCACAAACAGCACAUUUGUAAUCCGGACUGUAAAUGUAGGUUUGACCUUGCUUAAAGUCUGGGAUGCAGAACAUAGUGGAAUCGCAGACUACGUCCCACUUCCUGUGCAACAUGCCAUUUUUCCUGAACUCAUAGAUGUGGUGGUAGGUGAUGUCCUCUGUUUGAGUACUUCACUGAUAAACCAAGAAGGCCUGUCGGGUGUAUGGAGCUCCUCGUUAAGUAGUGUUCUUCAAGUCGACUCCAAGACUGGCGUAGCAGUGGCAAGGGAUUCUGGUGUUGUCACUGUCUAUUAUGAGAUUCCUGGAUUACUUAAAACAUACAGAGAGAUAUUGGUUAAUAUACCUCAGAGGACUACAGCAAUGCAUGUAAGUGGUGUGAAAACAAGCUUGCAAGGAGUUGCCGCCUCAAAAGUGAUAGUUUCAAUUGGGGAAAGAAAUAAAAAUUUGAAAGGGGAGUGCUUGCCGGCUCAGAUUGAAGCCAUUGCUGAGUUACAACCACAGUCCCUUAUCAGUUGCCAUCUAGAUUUUAACAACUAUGUGUUUGACUUCCCAGCACGUGAUAUUUUUAUAGCAGAACCCGGAUUUGAUGCAGUUUCAGGACAUUACACCUGUUCCAUCACAAUGCACAGGCUGACUGACAAGCAGCUGAAGCAUCUCAGCAUGAGUAAAACUGCACUCAGAGUUACAGCUUCAAUCCAAGGCAGCCACUUCUCUGGGGAGCAGAUCAGCACUGAGGUGCCAUUCAAUCCUGGGUUUUAUGCUGACCAAACAGAAAUUCUUUUAAGUAACCAUUACACAAGCUCUGAUGUGAAAAUAUUUGGUGCCACUGAAAUUCUUGAUACCCUAGAGGUGAAAUGUGGGUCACCAACAGUGAAGGCGUUUGAGAAAGAGAAAUCGUAUGGGCUGCCUAGUUACGUAGUCUACACCAUUAGUCUGUCGGAUCCAAGAAUUUCAAGCCAGGGAUCCCUAUCAACCACUCUAACUGUUUCUAGUCCUAUGACUGACCAGUCUAUCACUAUCCCAGUGACAGUGAUUUACUUGACUGACAGAACCAGCGCACCAGUGAGACAUGGAGCCAGUCUAUUCCAGCACUUUCUUGAUUCUUAUCAAGUAAUGUUCUUCACGCUUUUUGCACUAUUAGCAGGGACAGCUGUUAUGAUUAUAGCCUACCAUGCAGUUUUCUCACCGAAAGAACAGCACAGUCAUCCAGCAUUUACCCCAAGGACAACUCCUCAACACAGCCAUAACAGUUUCUCUGUGUCACCUGUGCUUUCCUUCAGUCCUCAGUCCUCAAGCAGGAGAACAAGCCCAUCAUCCACACUCUGGAGCACUGAUUAUGGUUCACGUUAGAGAUAGCAGGACUCACGUUCAUGCAUUAGGGCUGGAAAAGAAAUAAAAAAAAAAAAAACCAGUGCCUUUUAACAAUAGCAAAUUUAAGAACUUUCACAGUUUCAAUAUAAUUCAAGUCAUCUCUUGAAUGUAACUAGCUUCAUAAUUGUUUUUUUAUAUUUAGAGCUCUUUGUUUUUUUGUUUUUCUUAUUAUGUCAGUGCUUCAGUUCUCUAAAUCUUAUCUGCAGUUUUAUGCUCAGUUGACAAGGAUGACUGGACAAAAAGCAGUGUUUAUGCUAAGUUAGCUUUCUUGCACUCUUCAAGCAACUAGAAGUUAUGUCUAAGUGAUAGUGAUAAAAAAUUCUAUUUACUUUUUGUAAAAAUUAACUUUCUUUUUAAUGAACUUUUUCAAAAAGGGAAAUAGAAAAACAGAUCAAAUAUGAGCCAAAAAUAUGAGGGGUUGUAUAUUUCAAAGAACUUAUUUUUUAUUUUGAGUUCCAAAGACUCAGGAAUGUACUGCACUGAUAAGUGUUCUAACGUUUAGCCUUACAAUGUGAUUCAUCACCAUAAUUUGCUGGUUUAACAUGAGGAAUGCUGGAACAACUGUGAAUAAUUUGGAGGGUUUUUACAACAACAACAACAAAAAAGUAUCGUAGUGUGGCUUCCUUUGGGUACAACUGCAGUAUUCCUUUCUUGUUACUGUAAGCACUUUUUUGGGACUGGGAAUGUGAAAGCAUGUGCCUUCUAAGAGGACCUUUCUUCUGGUAGUAAAUAUUUUUAAUUGAAGGCAAUUAUCUUAACUGUGUUCUGACAGAGAUGUAAUACAUUUAUGUAGGUCAUUUCACACAUAGAAGUACCUCAAUAGAAACUGAGCCUCCUUUUAUUAUCACUGGUCACCUGGUGCACUGGAAAGUGAGUGGCUUAUUUCACACUUAACGAUGAGUGACCUUUUUCAGUUGGUUCAGCCUGCUUGUCUCUGUAUUCGUGUACAAACCGAUACAGCCACACCCGGAAUCUUCACUUAUAUUAUACAGAAAGAUACUACUGGUAUGACCAGACUUUGGAAUACUUGUACCAUAAUGUCCUACUAAUAAGUGCUCGUUUGUAAGUCUGUAAAAUACAAUGUAGUAUUUAAUUGUGUAAGUAUUAAUGUGGGGGUUUUUUGGUUGACUGUUUUGGUUUUCUUCUUGACUGGCUAAGACACACAGAUGUAAAAUGCACAAUUCCAGGUACAUCAGAAAGUACUCUGCUAAACCAGGCAGUUGGUCACUGUGUGCUCGGAUGUAUUUUGCGUUCUGAACAAGAUGGCAGUGAGGUAUGCUGACUUGAACUUUUUUCCAAAUUCAUUUUAAACAGAUGAGAAGAAAAACUUGGUUCCAAUUCUUAGUGCUAAAGUUACUUCCCUGAGAAUAGAAAAAACAGUAUCUCAGUUGGAAUCCUUUAUUUUGAGGAUUAUAAUCAUAAUCAAAGUAACUUUUAAUCCAUAAGCAGUAUUUUGCAGCUAUCGGAUAAGGGCUUUGUUUACAUUUAACAAGUAUGACAGGUUUAAUUGUGAAUAAUAUACUGGCUGUCUGAACUCUCCUAAGGACCAUAAUGAAAGUGAUCGCAAUUGUUCUAGUUCAAAGAACAAAGUAUUUCAUGGAAAAUACACUGUGCGCAGAACUAUACGAGCAAAAAGUCAGAGGAAUGUGAAUGCAGACGCAAUUUAUGGCACACAGUUUUGGUUUCACUCAGUAUUACAAAAAAGCAACGUUGUUACAUGUUAUUAUAUUGAGUCUUAGCUAGUUAAUGGAGAGUUAAUGGCUUAAUGGCUAGUUUUGGAGAAGUUGUGCCUUACG